AUGCCGUCACCACCCUCCGCCCCCGCGGGGAGAAGCGCAGCGCCACGUCAGCAGCGCCCCCCGCGGCGGGGCAGGCAGCGCCGAGGCUUUAAAUUUUAUUGCAUUUCAGAUCGCCUUUAUUUUGCAAUUCUCUGCCAAAAACCAAAGAGUGGAGCUGCAGAUACCCAUUAUUUCUGCAUAGAUGAUGAACUUGUGUAUGAGAACUUCUAUGCAGACUUUGGACCACUCAAUCUGGCAAUGGUCUACAGAUACUGCUGCAAGCUAAAUAAGAAAUUAAAGUCAUUUUCAUUGAUAAGGAAGAAAAUAAUUCAUUAUACUGGCUUUGAUCAGAAAAAACAAGCAAAUGCUGCAUUCCUCAUAGGCUCCUACGCAAUAAUAUACCUGAGAGAAUCCCCUGAAGAUGUGUACAGGCUUAUAUUGGCUGGAAGUAAUUCAUAUCUUCCUUUCAGGGAUGCUUCCUUUGGCACUUGCAGUUUUCAUCUGACAUUGCUGGACUGUUUUCAUGCAAUCAACAAGGCUUUGCAAUAUGGUUUCCUGGAUUUCAAUUCUUUUGAUGUAAAUGAAUAUGAGCAUUAUGAAAGAGCAGAAAAUGGAGAUUUUAACUGGAUAAUACCAAACAAAUUCAUUGCCUUCAGUGGACCUCACUCAAGAAGUAAAAUUGAAAAUGGCUAUCCCCUCCAUGCUCCAGAGGCUUAUUUCCCAUACUUCAGGAAGCAUAAGGUCACCACUAUCAUACGCCUCAACAAAAAACUGUAUGAUGCCAAACGAUUCACAGAUGCUGGAUUUGAGCACUUUGACCUCUUCUUUGCUGAUGGAAGCACGCCUAGUGAUACUAUAGUUAAAACAUUUCUGAAUAUUUGUGAAAACGCUGAAGGUGUUCUAGCUGUUCAUUGCAAAGCUGGUCUUGGACGAACUGGCACACUUAUUGCCUGUUAUAUUAUGAAGCAUUAUCGGAUGACAGCUGCUGAAACUAUUGCCUGGAUUAGAAUAAACAGACCUGGUUCAGUCAUUGGACCACAACAGCACUUCCUGAUGGACAAACAGGCAGAACUUUGGACAGAAGGAGAUAUUUUCCGUGCAAAGUUGAAAGGAAACAGUAAAAUUGCUGUGAGAAGAAUUCUGUCAGGAGUAGAUGAAAUUUCGAUUAAUGACAUGAGAAACAGGAGAACCAUCCGAAGGGACAAUGAACUGUACAGUGAUGAAGAUGAAACAAACAUUGUAACACAAGGUGAUAAGCUUCGUGCUUUGAAAAGUAGAAGGCAGGCAAAAGCUCCAACUGCAUCUUCACUAACCAGCCAGUCCAUCCACGGACUAGAAGAGUAUUGCGUUAAAUUUCAAAUAAGCAAUCAGUGUUGA